AUGAACAAGCGAGGGUAUACCAAUACGUUCGAUGGCUACAAGAGAGGGAUAGAGAACAGGAGUGAGGAGAUUCAAAGGACCAUGAGUGAUAGAGAAGACGAAGAUAAGAUGGAGCUUGAUGAAGAGGUGGACGAGUUUGAUGACAACGAGGAAGGACCCAUUGAUAAUGGACAACUAUUCAAUCAAGGCACCGAGACGAACCGUGAGACUGAUAAAGCCUCGUCAGAGAAGCCACGACUCGACGACGGUUCUGGGAAAUUGUUUGAGAUACCUGAAUUUACCAGGAAGGACAAGACGCUGAACGAUAUACUGAACUUAGUCGAAGAUAACCCACCGAUUAUUCCCGACGCUGUCAUAGACUACUACCUAAUGAAGAACGGUUUCGACUGUGCCGAUGUAAGAGUGAAGCGACUGCUAGCCCUGGCGACUCAGAAGUUUGUAAGUGACAUUGCAGCCGACGCUUACGAAUAUUCGAGGAUCAGGUCAUCGGUUGCGGUCAACAACGCCAGUAACGGACAGGCAAGAGCUAGGCAGCUUCUCGCGGGACAACAGCAGCCGGGACAACAGCAAAUAUCGCAGCAACAACAACAGCAGAAUGAGAAAACGACCGCAAGCAAAGUGGUCUUGACAGUGAAUGAUCUGAGCAGCGCCGUUGCAGAGUACGGCCUCAACAUCACGCGACCAGAUUUCUAUCGCUAG